AUUACAACAGUCCCCCUCGGAUAAGGUUUAUUUACGAAAAAACCCAUCAAUUUUUUUCCGUGAAGCAGCAGCAACUGAAGAAGGCUUACGUCACAAAAGAAUGGCGGAUUUCGUUGAUGCAGACAAUGCAGAAGCCAUAAUUUCUAGGAUCGAGCACAAGUCCGGCAAGAUCGAAAGCUUACUCAAACAGUAUAAACCAGUGGAAGCUUUGAAGACAGCUCUCGAAGGAUCCCCUCCCCAGACCAAAGACGAGCGUUGUAAGUCUGCGAACUGGAUUGUGGUACAUAGGGCGAUAAUGGCGAUAAAAGAUGUCGAUAGUUUGUUCUCUUCUCUUGAUGCCGAGUACUAUGAUGUUCUCAUGAAGUACUUAUAUAGAGGGUUAUCUACUGGAGAUCGCCCGACGUGUGAUCAGUGCUUAAGAAUCCAUGAAAAGCUGACGGAGAAAGCUGGCUUGGGCUGCAUUUUACGCUCACUGGCUGACAAAGUUAAUACCGUUUAAUUUAUUAAUCACACGUUUAGUUUUUUGCACCUACAUAAUUUGUUAUCACAUAAUUAUAAAAGCCACAAGUUUGAGAUGUACAUAUCUGUUUGCUUCUUGAAAAUGCCAAGUAUAAGUAUAAUUACAUAA